CAUUGAAUCGGCUUCCAUGAUUCAGAAGCGGGAAGUCCCAGCGAGAAAUUGGCUUGAACUGCCUGCAGAAGUAAUCUUUGUGAUUCUGCACAAGUUAGGCGCUAUUGAAAUACUAACCACGGCUCAAAAUGUUUGCUCUUUGUGGUAUAAGAUCUGCAAGGAUCCUUUUUUGUGGCGUGUGAUCGAUAUGCACAAUUCUGGUGAUUUGAAUAGUUUUGAUCAUUUGGAGAUUAUGUGCAAGCACGCUGUCGAUCGUUCUUGUGGUCAGUUGGUCGAGAUCAACAUUGAGCAUUUUGGCUCCGAUGAGUUGCUCCUAUACAUCGCUAACAGUUCAAAACAAGUUAGAAGACUUCGGCUUAUGGGAUACAGCCUUUACUUCACAAAGGAGGUAUUGGGUGUAGCAGUUUCGGAACUUCCAUUGUUGGAGCAUCUUGAAAUUCAAUCAUUCAUUAUUGGACUUGAUCCGGAAACAUUGAGAACUAUUGGACGAUGUUGUCAUUUAUUGAAAUCACUGAAACUGAAAGAACUAUGUUAUAUAGGAUUUAUUUCGAGUUCUGAUGAAGAUGCACUUGCUAUUGCUGAAACUAUGCCCAAUUUACAUCACCUAGAAAUUGUGGGCAAUAGCAUAACUAACUUUGGUUUGCAUGCCCUUCUUGAUAGCUGUUCUGGCUUACAAUCUCUUGACUUACGCAAGUGCAUGUAUUUAGAUUUUGACGAACACUUGAAAAAAAAAUGUUAUCAAAGGAUCAAAACUUUGCGUCUGCCUUACGAACCUGUUGACGGAAGUACCUUCCAAUGGUUAACCUCCGGUUUCCCCUAUAAUCUACCAUUUCCAUGAUUUCUCUGAUCUCGAUGAAGAUUUUGGUGUGUUUUAUUUUUCUUGGGGGCAAUUUUUUUGUGGUUGAUGCGAUGAAGUUAUUUUGUUAGAAAGGUGGAAAUUUGGACACAUUUUUGUUAGCUUUGAGUGCU